AUGGCACGUUCUUUUCAGUAUCCAAAACAAGGCAAUAAUGACGACAGUGAUGAUGAUAAUAAUGAUCAAGCUUAUCUUGUCAGAGGAAAGAAAACAGACAAAUCGUAUAUAUGCGUAUUUGUUUGUUUUGCGACUAAAGCUGUUCAUUUGGAAGUCGUAUCUGAUUUAACUUCCGCUGCAUUUAUAGGUGCGUUGAAAAGAUUUGAAGCUUGUUUGGAAAAUGCUACAAAUUUUAUAGGCGCUGCAAAUAGCUUAAAUGAAAUACAUAAACUGUUUUCAGAAAAGGAGCACUGUAAAAAUGUUGAUGAAUUCUGCGCUCAAAAGAAUAUUGAAUGGCUGAAUAUACCAGCAAGGUCUCCACAUGUGGGCGAAUUAUGGGAAGCUUGCGUAAAAUCUGUUAAGAAACACUUCUAUAAAGUGACAGAAGGGACUAUGAUGUACGAGGAACUUUAUACUUUAAUGACACAAAUAGAGUCUGUUCUUAAUUCACGUCCGUUGACUCCUUUGUCAAAUGAUCCUAAUGAUUUCCAAGUCUUAACCCCUGGACAUUUCUUGAUAGGAGAGCCAUUCAAUACUUUCAAUGAUUCAAUAGAUAACAAAUGUUAUAGUGGUUUACGUGAGCAUUGGAAAGCCGUGCAAUCUAAUACUGAAAAGUUUUAG